CUUUUCCCUGCAAACUGGCAAACUGAAAAUUGGCCUGUAUACAAUUUUUUAAAAAAAGCGUGUGGUCAGCUUUUAAAUCAAUCAGGGAUCCGGAACUGUGGUCAGUAGUUUUCUAUCCUUUUGGUGUUAUUGGGGACUUGAGGAAGCUUUGGAGCUGCAGUGAGGAAAGGACUGCUGAAGCAUUUGAGAAUCGCCAAAUAUAUUCGUUGACAAGAUGGGGCAACUAUGGAGGAACUCAGCAAGGCUGUGGAAGGACCAGCUGGUUUUCAUGUGCAGUUAUGACGCUAAAAGGGUGCAAGUUAUGUUUUGAAAGUUUGGAUGGACAUACAAUACAUCGCUCUAUUUUAGAAUUGUUUCAGCGUAAAACUACAAGAUCAUCCGAGAAUUCUGAGGAGGAAUGUGUUAAUGGCCAUGAGAUUGAUGAAGAUGAAGACAAAGGUGGGGCUGACAAUUUAUACGCUAAUAGUAUUAAUGGUCAGUUGAAAGAAAAUUCCGACUCCGAUUUUGCAGCAGUGAAAAGAUGUAGAGCAAGUAAUUGUAGAAUCAAAUCAUGGCUUCAAAUGGACCCACGGCUGUUCUGUUUCGUAUAUGAUGAGCAGCAAAACAAGUGUUUUUGCAAAGUCUGUGUUGAUAAUAGCAUUACUGAUACAGAGUGGACAAGCGGUAGGUCUGAACCACAAGGUGGUUGGAAAAAAGAUUAUAUGCUUCGCCACCUGGCCAGCAGGGAACACCUUCAGGCGCUGUCUGUCCCGUUAAAUGCAGCCAACUGGGAGAAGGCACUAUUUACUGAUGCUCUGAGCAGUGAUACAAAAGAUGACAUUGUUCAUCUCCUAAGAAAUGUUCUUUGGUUAAUCAAGGAACAGUUACCCAUUUCCAAAGCUAAAAGCUUACACAGGUUAAUAGAGACCCAUGGUGUGUCUUUGGGUAGACGGCACAGAAGCAAAAAUUAUAGCUGGCAAUUUGUUGCAGCACUUAACGAACCGGUUGAGGCAGAAAACUUGAGGGCAUUAAAGCAAGCCAGGGUUCAUUCUCUGGUUGUCGAUGAAAGUACAGAGUUUGCCACUGAAAAGCACCUGCUGAUGUACACAAAAUUCCUAGCAAAGACAGAGCUGCAGGUAAAAUUCAUAAAGCUGCUGUAUUUGGAUGGUAAGGCUGAUGCUAUGUCCCUAUAUAAAUCCAUAAAGAAGUUCUAUGUUGAACACCAGAUCUGUUUCCAAUCUAUGGCAAUGAUAACAACAAAUGGAUCAGCCAUCAUGAUGGGUUCAAAAGGAGGCCUUCAUGUCAAGCUUAAGGUAGAUAUUCCAUGGCUACUUGGGCAGCACUUUGUGGUACACUCAGAAGCUCUGGCCAUUAAAGAGGCAUAUAAUGACAUUUCCCUUUUUGAAGAAAUAGAUGGAUGCUUCAAAGCUAUUUAUUCAUACUUUUCCAGAUCCACUGUUAAGCAUAGUGGUUUGGAAGAGGUCUUCAAUGUCCUGGAGUUAAGCACCAUCAAACUGGCAAAGGCCCGCAAUCUCAAGUGGAUAAACCGAGGGAGAGCAGUCCAAGCAAUUUGCAAAUCUUAUCAAACUUUAAUAAUCUAUUUUUCUGAUAUGAGUAAUGUAGACCAUGACAUCACAGCAGAAAGCAUCCUACUUAAACUUCAGCAACCUCGCAUUCUACUUGCCAUCUUUUUCUUGAGAGAUCUUCUCCACCACUUGGAUAACCUAUCACUAUUUUUUCACGAAAAAUUUGUAAACCCGGUCAGAGUUCCUGAAAGGGUCCAAGCAACAAUCAACCUCCUUGAAUGCAAAUAUCUUGGAAAUAAUAUAUUAUGGGAGAGCAGCUUUCUCCUUGGAAUACAGAUGCUUGAAAGUGGUGCUCUUUCUAGACCCCCUACUUCAAGAAAACCACAUGGACCCAUACUUCAUAAAACAGCAGCAAAAGCCACUGAUGAGAUAGCAGCCCCUGUUAAAGCUCUGGUGAGAAUUAUUGUUGAUAGCCUGAAGGAGCGAUUUCCUGAUAAUGUGAUCAUCAGAGCUUUUCGGAUUCUGGAUCCUGAUAGGAUUCCUUCUGACCCUGAGAAACUUGCUCAGUAUGGGAACAACGAGGCCGCAGCACUGCAGAAUCAUUUUUCAGACCUUCUUUCCAACAAUGGGAAGGAUCUAGUUGCUGAAUGGGACCAAAUGAAAUACCUAAUUGCAACCAGAAAAGGAGAGAGUUUGGAUGAAGUUUGCAUUGAUCUGGCACACUCUGAUAUGUGGAGAAAAGAAUAUCCAAACUUCUCAAUACUAUCAGAGGUUUGUGUGGUGAUGUCUGCAUCGACUAUUGAACCCGAGAGGGGAUUUUCCUCUGUGAACUUGAUAAAAAACAAAUACAGGAAUCGGCUUACUUCUGACCAGCUUGACCAAUUAUUGAGGCUAUGUUUGGAGAAGCCUGAAGAGGCGCAGGAUUACUUAGAUGCAGCGUAUGCUGCUUGGCUGCAAGCUGAACAGUGGAGGCUUCUCCUCAAAGAAUGGAGAAGAGGGGAAGAAUCCAAAACAGAAUCUGACUCAACGGAAUCCGAUCUGGAUCCUUUGUCCGAUUCUGAGUGAAAAUGGUUGCCGCUGACUGCUGGUGUCUCCGGACAUGCAUGACAAAAGAGGGAGGAAAUCUAAUUUCUUUAACUCGUGAUUAUUCUCUGGUGCUACGUUGUUUGUAAUUGUAUUACAAAAAAAUGUACAUUGCCUUACAUUACAUUAGCCUUACAUUACAUUACACUGCCUAAAAUAAAAGGCAUCUACCAGUAUUCUGUAUACUGUUCCUUUAUUGCUGAUUGAGAAUCCAACACCACUUGCUUCCACACCAUAGCAUGUCUACCAUACAAUGAAGAACUAGCAAAACAGGACUUUUAUAUAUUAGUUUAAGUACAGGUGGGUUAUCCAUGACUAGCAACAUUGGUACCUUUUUAACCAAAAAAACCCUUGAUAUUCACUUUACCUUUCUUAGACUUUAAAGAAAAAGUUUCUCCUGUCAACUGAUUGGAUGUAAUUCUGUAUUAAAGAUUUAGAGUAAUAACAUUCUAGAUCGGCUGCUAUGGUUUCUGGAACGGAUGUAAGACAUAGGUACUGGUUAGAUAGGAAGAAGCAGCCUCUGAAAUUGUAUCCUAAAUCUGUCUGCUCUGAAAAGUCAAUGUUCAAUCAAAUGUGUAUUUUAAAAAAUGCUCUGGGAGUAUGUCGGGGUUUAAAAUUAAUUUUUAGAUCCCAUGGUGAAAAAGUGAUACGAUAUGCUGUGAACCUUUCCAAAAUUGUGCAAUUUGAAGGGCAUAUUGAUUAUUCCAUUUGAGAGAUAUUUUAAAAUAAUAACAGUAAAUGUGAUUUUAAGAGAUAUGUAAAGCUAUUUUUUUUUGAAGGGGUUGGGCUGUGUAUUAUUUCAGGGAGUUACAGAUCCCAGCUUUCUGUAUGCAAUGCAGAAAGGUCCGAUUUGGGGUUUUAUCUGAGUUUUCAUUUGUCAUUUGUAUCGGUAACAUUUAUUUUUUUAAUAUAAACCUUUUGAUGAAGGCUUCAAUUUUCAGAAUGACCAAGUUGUCUUACAUGUAUAGAUCAGUAUGAAAACUGUCCCAUCUGUUACUUUGUUUUUUUUAAUAAUGCAGAACAGGUCCAGUAUCUCAAAAGCAUCAUAUCAGAACCAAAACACCCCCAUGCAAGGGUUACAUUGCUCUUUAGAACUAGAUCUGUGAUUUUGUUGUUACUAGUACAGUGAAGUCCAUUUACUAUCCUAGCUUUCAGUAGCAUAAUCUGUUUACCAUGUAAUACAAUACAGCCCUAUGUUACGCUCAUUUAUACUUAUUUUUUUCUUUCAUAAACGUUUUUGUUUCUAAUUUUAAUCUCCUUUGCAAAGCAGAAUUCAAGCUGCAGAAUUAAAGGAGCUGUUAAUUCCUGAAUAAUUCUCCCCUACCCCACCCACACUUUUCACUAGUGCCUGUGGGUAGCCUGUUGGGGUUUAUUUCUUGUAUAGUCGUUUUAAUUCUAACGUAACUUACAGGCUGCAGGCUUGCUGCUGUUUUAGGCACGUUUGUUCUAAUGCAGCGAAGAUGCUCUACAGGAAAUGCAAAACCAGGUGGUGGGGGAGAAAGAUAACAGAGGGAAUUGUUUGAGCUCUAUGUGCUCUUCACUUUUGAGAUAACUAUCUGGUGUGGACAGAAGAGUGAUUUAUUUAUAAAUCUUAAGAAAUUAUUUUUCUAUUAAAUGGGUCUAUUUCUGGAUCAGGGGAAUUAAAAAAAAAAGAAUGCCAGCUCUAGAAACGGUACAUUUAUCUUGGAAACACAACUCCUUUAAUGUAUGCAUACUCCAAGCUCUAAUAUAAACACUUUAUUCAUUGGCAUAAUUGGAUAAGCGAGGGUGCUCUCACUACAUGACUUCAAUUGCUGUGUACAGAUGGUUAAAAUGUUGAUUUCUUGCUCGCCUGUACAACAAUUCAGUCAAUUAUUGUUGUAUUAGGCCAUCAGAUGUGUGAGUGCCCUCCUUUGUUUACAAUUGGAAUGGAAUUGAGUUUCACCAUUGUUUCACCACAUGCAUUUGGUAUUAGCACAUAUUUGGUAUUAUUGAAAUACAUCUUCCAAAGAAGCAUUUUAAUCACUUAUUCCAUUUUGUAACUCGUACAUCUUAUUUCACUUUUUACCAGUUGUGAAACAAUAACAAUUUGUUCUUGGAUGAUCUUGUUGCAUUUUGUUUUCUACUGGAACUAUUUCUUUGGCUUGUAUAUUGGAUUUGGUAGUAAAUGGGUCCAUUGUAUCUGUUUUGACACCGCUUGCUUAGAUAAGCAACUUUAGUUGAUUGCAAAAUAUGUUCACUGUUUUGUAAUAUCUAAGUAGUUAGUCUUAAACACUAGUUUGCCAAAAAGUUACUGUAUCAAAAUUUCUAUAGAUUGCAUGAACCAUUUGUAGUAUUUCUUACCACAGGCUUUUCAUUCAUUAAACAUUUUAAUAUUUAUCAGAACUUCACAAUAUACUUCACUUUUGUGAAAAAUAACAAAAAAAAUCCUCUUUCAGGAAGGUGCUAAUGUGCUAAUCAUUUAAUUACUAAUGUGAUGUUAUGUUUAGUUGGUAAUUGGUUGACAGUAUACAAUGUGCUGAGCAUUGAAAACGGGAAUAUUAGAGGAAAUAUGCUUGGAUCAUAAUGGUGCAUUUAAAAAUUAUAUUUGGAAGAAGCAUUCUAUGUAUUGGGGGGAAUGGGAAGUAAUUUGAUGCAUUUAGAAUUCUGUGCUUGGGUCAGAAUUAUACUUGGAUCAGGUAUGUGGCUGUGCUUAUCUGGAAUUUACUGUAUUGUGACUUUGUAUUGUAUACAGGCUGCUGUUGGUCAAAAGAAAAUAAAGGUGUUACCAGUUUGUUGCAGGAA